GGUUCCGAUCGAGUGCCCAACGAUGACGGUAACGAUAAUCGUCGAGUAGCUUGUCCCGCGAAACAAAUCGCGCAUUCUCCAUACGUUAUACAGCGAACGAGGCUAUCGUCGGGAGGCGCAUACACGAUCGGAGAGGAGAAACAAUCGUACGGAAGAGAGAAAAAAUAAACGGGGGGAAAAUUUUCCAAUUUCUGUGGAAAAUCCGUGGAUAUCGAAAGGACGGUGGAUUCGGUAUAUAAGUUCUUAUAAAUAGAAGCGAGAAAGGCGAGCACCGGAAAAGUUUUCCUGUCGCGCGAUGCCGCGACGGAACACGACAGCAUGUCAGCCUCUAAAACGAACAAAGAAAGAUUUAGCUUAGGAGAGAGGGAAAGAGCGACAGAGAAGGAGGAAGGGAAGAUAGAAAGGAGAGGAAGAAAGAAGGAAGGAGUAAUUCGAGAAAACUGGAGAGGGAGAGAGAAAGAGCGAACAUGGUGGACGAGCGCGGUAUCCACGCUCUUAGCGCGGAUCGGUUCACGAGGAAAGGGACGGGGAGAGCGGGUGAGAGGGCGAGCGCAAGCGCAAUGAGGCAUGGAGUUGCUCUCGACGCACGCCACAUUGAAAGCUUGCGACAUGCCGCAAAGCCGCUCAGUCGUGCGCCAGCUCUCAUGCGGGUGGUAUCGUUUUCUCGGUUUCUCAUCAUUCCUUGUGGUGUACCGUAACCGCGAGCACGAAAAAGCCCGCGUAGGCGUGGUGAACGCGUUGGCACAUACGAACCACGCGGUUUUAAGCGAAGAAGAAACAAUCGCGUUUCUCUGAAACGAUCGGACGUUAGGUGCUCGUCUUCGUCCUCGAAAAUUGGAAUAGUCGAGGGUCACGUUUUGAUACUUGGACCAGUGUCAGAUCUCGGCUCGUCCGCACAGGAAAAUUCCCGGCUCGCCAUACGAGCUCGUUCUCUCGUGGUAAAGUUUCGCAGCGAUACGUUUGCCUCUCUCUCUCUCUCUCUCUCUGUUUUUUUUCCGUGGACAACACCGUGACACCGAGUACGAGAGUACGCGAGUAAUUAUUAUUAUUAUCGAAAGAAAGUAACAACAAGGAUUAAAGGAAGAAGAAUUAUCGAUAUUAUUACGGACGAUCGGAUAUUUAGAAUCGGUAAAGAGUAAGAAAAAAAAAAAGAGAAAAAAGAAGAAGAAGGAGAAGGUGAUAGGACAGAAUUGCGGAAAGAUAUUACAGUAUUUGUGAUGUGCGAGUGAAGGCAAUGGAGUCACCAGUCAUGUACGAUUCAGCGGCCCAUCAGGCCCAGGCCCACGGUGCGGCCGAUCUUAAGAAGUCUCAGGUACUCAACAACAACAACAACAACAACAACAAUCACCAGAGCAACAACAACAACAACAACAACGCUGCGAAUAACAACAACUCGGCUCUUCAAGUGAAUCACAAUCACAGCCAGCAGCAAAGCGGUUCAGUGGUGAGCAAGGUCUCGGCGAGCAAGGCUAGCCUUCACCAACAGUACGCGGAACAUUGCGCCGCGGCGGGCGAGCUGACAGACCUGAACACACCCGAGAUAUCGUUAGAUCUGCAGCACCUGAUCGACGACAGCCACUUCAACGACGGCCUGUUGGACAUGCUGGGGGCGAACAACGGAGCCGUGAAACACGUGAGAACGCCGGGUUAUCCACGCACCACGCUCGCCUACAUGCCGCAACCCGUCCACAGCGGGGCGAGUUAUCACCAGGGCAGCAACAGUUGUAGCGACAGCAACAGCUCGAGCUCCGAGUCGCCCAGCAUCAAAGAAGAGCCACUGGACCCGGCGGAUUACCGCCGUCACUGCCCGCAAUAUCCGCCCGGUGGAUACAGUCCGGUGACGAACGGGCCGUUCGCGAACGGGGCGCCGACCUUCACCACUUUGACGCCGUCCACGGUGCCGGGCGGGCAUCCCGGUGCGCCGGUCCAUCAACCGCCGCCACGGGGCGGGCCGAUGAAACCGGUGAUGGCCCACCAGCACCACGCCAACACUGCCGCCGCCGUUGCCAGAAAGCAGACGAAGACGAUCGACAAGGCGAGCGACGAGUACAGGAGGCGUCGCGAGAGGAACAACAUAGCGGUGAGAAAGAGCCGCGAGAAGGCAAAGGUACGGUCGAGGGAGACCGAGGAGAAGGUGAAGCUGUUGGUGAAGGACAACGACCUGCUCAAGAAGAGGAUCGAACUGCUGACGGAGGAGCUGAACGUUCUCAGGUCUUUGUUCAGCAGCGUCGGAGUGGUGCCGGAACAAUUGCACCGAGAGAUCUCGAGGCAUCUCGACCAGUUCCAGCAACACGCGGUGGGGCCCAUGUAGCGCACGACGUCGUCAUCCUCGUCGAGAAUCGCGGUGCCAUCGCACCGCGUGUAUCGCGCCUUUCUCUCGUCCACAGGCGUCGACCUUCGUCCCUUCCCUUUCGAAUCGAUACCAUUGCGAAAGAGACGCGCCUCGAAACGACUUCCGCUUUCCGGAUGCUCCACGACCGACGCUCCCUCUCCAUCCUUUCGCGUCCGCGUCAUCCGGGUAAAAGUAAAGAAGAACGUCCUGGAUCGAGUAUCGCGGCCGUUACUGCGUCUUUUGUCCCGUUCCAUCACGUGGAGAACGCGAGGUGCACGUGCGUCUCCUCGAGAGAAACGACACGCGGAUCGCGGACAGAGGAAAAGACGCGGUGGGAAUGGAAAACGGAGAGGAAGACGGGUCCUCGGGAGGAGGAGGAGGAGGAGGAGGAGGAGGAGGGAAAGAAGAAGCGAGGAAUAAUAGGAGAAGGAGGAAGAGGCGUGACUCGUUUGAAGAAGAGACGCUCGUCGGUUUCGCCCGAGGAGAAGCUUUUCGGCAGCUGGAGCUUACGUCGAGCUAACCUCGCGUGUUAUGGAAGAAAAGUGCCUCUGCUCAUGGCGAACUUUUUUUUAUUUACACCAAGUGCAUCGGACACUUUCUCUGUUCGUCUGUUACACGACGCGUACAACGGAGAAGAAGAUAACGGAGAAAAACGGGGAGAAAAAAAAAAAAAAAAAGCCACGAGCAAUUUCGAGAUUUCCGCGCAGCCGCCAUGUUGCGACUCUCUUUUCUUUGACCCUUUGGAAUUUACGCGAGAGAUAAACGAAAAUUAACAUUAAAGAUGGACGAUCGACUCGUCCGAUCUUCUUUGUUUCUUUUUUUUCUUCUUCUUCUUUUUUUCGUGUCUAACUUUUAUUUUUUUUUUCUUUUUCUUUUUUCUUUUUUUCUCAAUGUACGUAAGACUGGGUGGUGGUCACCGCGUGUUUCGCGCGGGUUCGCCGCCUCAUUCGAUCGCGUAAUUCGCAACACGGAGAGACGCGUUGCGACUCUGAACAAAUCACGCAUCGAUGUGUACAAAAGCAUCAAUUACACUUACACACACACACACACAUACACACACACACAACGAUCACACACCUAAGAGAAUAUUUGUAAUCAACGCGCGUAUACGUAAAUUCGCUCGCAUAAAUUUUCGAUUCUCUUAAUGUUAUACAUUUUCGAUGCACUUUACUCCGAUCGCACAUACACACGUGCGAAGGAAAACACGCACACGUACACUCGUAGAACACACACACACGUGGCAGAGUACAUAUAUAUGUUUACAUAUUGUGACGAUGCGAUGGACGCGAUGUACACGUGCACCGCGUUACGUUCAGACUUAUAGAUGUAUAUAUAUAUAUAUAUCGACCGAUCAAAUUAGAUAAUCAUUCUCAUUACCAAGUACCUAAAAAAAAGGCAUCAUACCGAGAUACCGUAAUUUUUGCGAAACAGUAUCGAAAUGAAAAAUGACGACGUUUGACGCUACCUUCUUGACUCGCGCAUUGUACUCUUUCCCGGCAAGAGUGAUGCGAUGCCGACCAACCGAGGAAAGGAAACGCGAACAACACCCACAUAUGCCCACAGAAAAAAAAAAAAAAAGAAAGGAAAGCACACUCUUUAUCACACACGCCCUUGUAUUAUAGCUCUAUAUUUUAAUUUUAUUAUAUUCGAGAUGUAUGUACAUAAAAAAAAAAAGCUAAUAUAUUUUGUUAGAGAAACGAAACGAAGCGGACUCGUGUUUUUUGCGAGAGAGAGAGAGAGCGAGCGAGCGAAAGAGAGAGAGAAGAAGAGAGAAAGGAAAUGAACGAAAGCGAGAGAGAAAAAGGAUGAGAGCGAGAGAGAAGAUUAAAAAAAAAAAAAUACAUAAAAAAUUGUCGAAUGUGUGCGAGCAUGUGUUCAAUAAACCGAUCGUUGUAAUUAUUACGUACGUUUUAACGCGAACGACAAGUUAGGAAAUAUGCGGCGAGAAUGGAAGAGAGGAUAGAUAGAUAGAUAGAUAAAGUCGCCGACGUUACCUGGGACUCGGCCCACAACCGAAUCCCUUUCCACUUUGAGUUACCGUAAAAAAAAUCGCGUGAAGCGGGCUUCAUUCUUUUUUUUCUUUCUUUUUCUUUUUCUUUUUCUCUUUCUCUUUCUUUCUUUUUCUCUUUCUCGUCGUCUUCCUUGUCCCGUGAACAGGAACUUCUUCGCGCGCGCGCGAGAGAGAGAGAGAGACGACACUUGUUACCUUAUAUACGUACUCGUGCGACAAGUUCGAAUAUUUCUUUUUCCCUUCUUUUUCUUCUUCUUUUUCUUCUUUUAUCCUUUUUAUUUUAUUUUAUUUCUCUUCUCUAAGAAGUUUUUCGGGUCUCUCGGUGAUGCACGACUCAAGUAAAAAAAAAAAAAAAAUAAAUAAAUAAGUAAAAAAAAAUAAAAAAAAAAAAAAAGAAAAAAAAACGCGUGUACGCGUAUACACCACACACGCGUGAAACGUGUGUGUACGCAUGUCCGUGAAUAUCGCGCAUGCCCGCACACGCACAUACGUGUUCGUUCGUGUGCACGCGUUCCUUGGCGUAUGACUGAUGUAUGUUAGGUAUGAGAUUACCUGUCACGGUUGUCUUCUUGUCUAUGCACAAAUAUAUUUUGAUAUAAAAAAAAAAAAAAAAAAA